CUCGGCCGCAUUCUCAAUCUCCCAAUCUCGCUGGUGAUUCCAUCGCUACGGCACUAACUCUGGCCAAUGGACAUGGACAUCCCGCUUCCAGAAGAGCUCGAACUCCUCGAAGCCAACUCCCACUAUUACGACGAACCCUGCCUAGAUCCAUCCUCCCCGGAUCCCUACUCUUCCUCCGCCGCCAGAUCACCAGAUUCACCACCAUCCGCAUCUCCAGAAAUCAACGGUCAGAAACGCCCCCGGCACUCCGUUGACUCAGAGUCCCCAUCUGAUGAGAACAAGAGAGCCAAAAUUAUCGAUGUCGAUGAGAAUGCGGGGAUCCAAGUCGAUGACGAUGACUAUGAGGAGGACUGGCUAAGGUACUCGCCACCGCCACAGGACAGCAACACUACUGUAGCAGGAGUUCAGGAGGAGAUUUAUUUGUCGAGAUAUGCGUCCGCGAUUGAUGGCGAUUUCCUUCCCGUCACGGCUCCCAGUAGUGGUGAUAGGGUUUACGCCAGGGUAUGCAGAGUGGAGUGUGAGCUGAGGACUAAGAAAUUGGACGUCAUAGGACAAUCUAAUGACCUUAUCUCUGAACCUUUUGAUGUUCUAUUGCAAAGAAUAGAGCAACAGGCUUUCAAUAAGGCCUUGCAAGCUAGUUCCGAGCAUCAAAGCGAUGUAAUUGUAUCUGAAACACCUAUAGUCCAUGAACAACUUUGGGUUGAAAAAUAUGCUCCAAAUUCUUUCACAGAGCUUCUCAGUGAUGAACAUACAAAUCGUGAGGUCCUCUUAUGGUUGAAGCAAUGGGACUCUUGCGUUUUUGGAUCUGAAAUUAGGAGUACCUCAGAUGAAGUUUUGUCAUCUCUCAGACGACAUACUUCUGCUCAAUAUCAUAAAUAUACUGAUUCAAGUUUCUCAAGUAAGAGCAGAGGGCGUAAAUGGAGUAGUGGCAGUUACAGAAAUUCUAAUAAUUUGGAUCAUGGAAACACUAAAGGUAUUCAAGACCCAUGGAGCAAGAAAUCAAGGCUUACUGGUCCACCAGAACACAAGAUUCUUUUACUCUGUGGAUCCCCUGGGCUUGGAAAGACUACACUAGCACAUGUAGCAGCUAAGCAUUGUGGAUAUCGUGUUGUAGAGAUUAAUGCUAGUGAUGAUCGGUCAUCAUCAACCAUUGAAGCAAAAAUCCUUGAUGUGGUUCAGAUGAAUUCUGUUAUGGCUGACUCAAGACCGAAAUGUCUGGUGAUUGAUGAAAUAGAUGGAGCUCUUGGUGAUGGCAAGGGUGCUGUGGAUGUUCUUUUAAAGAUGGUAUCUGCAGAAAAGAAGCCCGAUACUGGGAAGGAAAAUAUUGCCAGAGAGGAAAAAUCACGAAGGUCCAAAAAGGGACAUAAAAAUGCAUCAUUGUCAAGACCUGUUAUUUGCAUAUGUAAUGAUCUCUAUGCUCCUGCCUUGAGGCCAUUGCGUCAGGUAGCAAAGGUUCAUAUAUUUGUUCAACCUACCGUGAGUCGUGUGGUAAGCAGGCUCAAAUAUAUUUGUAACAAGGAGGGAAUGAAAACAAGUUCCAUUGCCCUUACCACACUUGCAGAGUAUACUGACUGUGAUAUACGUUCGUGCUUGAAUACCCUCCAGUUUCUCAACAAGAAGAAGGAAGCCCUCAAUGUGAUGGAAAUCAGCUCACAAGUGGUUGGUCGAAAGGAUAUAUCAAGAAGUGCUUUUGAUAUAUGGAAAGAGAUUUUCCAAAAGAGAAAAGUGAAGCAGGAGAAAAAAUCUUAUAUUAACUGUGGCAGCAGCUCUGGUGAAUUUGACUUUCUGCACUCCCUGAUAACUAACUGUGGUGAUUAUGAUAUUAUUUUGGAUGGAAUCCAUGAAAACUUUUUGCAGCUCCGCUAUCAUGAUCCAGUGAUGCAAAAGACAGUCAAGUGCUUGAAUUAUCUUGGUGUCUCUGAUCUGAUGCAUCAAUAUAUUAUGCGUACACAGCAAAUGCCCCUUCUAGUUUAUCAGCCUUCUCUUGCAAUUUCUCUGCAUCGUUUACUAGCCCAAGUUCAAAAACCAAAUAUUGAGUGGCCAAAGUCCUAUCAGAGGUACCGAACAAUAUCAAUGGAAAAGAUGGACAUAUUAAGGGCUUGGCACCAGAAAAUUGCACCCCAUAUUUCUAGACAUUUAUCAACUGAGCUGUUUGUAGAGGACUUGAUUUCUCCCUUGCUGCAUAUUCUUUCACCGACAACCUUGAGACCAGUGGCAUUGCACUUACUGUCAGAAAAGGAGAAGAAUGAUUUGGCUCAGUUAGUUAAUGUGAUGGUUUCCUAUUCUAUAACGUAUAAGAGCAUUAAGUCUGAUCCUCUGCCCUCCAACCUCAGAAAUGAGUUGGCAUUGGUUGUGUCAGUACUUUCCUUCCAUCCACCAAUCAAUGACUUUAUUCACUUCAAGGACCAUAGAUCUGAUCACCAUGUGCUUUCCUUAGCUAUGAAGCAGGUUUUAUUGCAUGAGGUUGAAAAGCAAAAGAUUUUGCAACUAAACACAGGAAGAUCUGAGAACAUAACGGAUGAACCCAAAAAGGAAGAGCAGACCCUUGUGCACAAAGAGGCUACAACAGCUGACUCUGCUAAAAUUACUGUUAAAGGAGAAGGUUCUGGUCGGGAAAGCAUAGAAAAUACAAUGAAUAUACCAAGCACAAAGCAUGGCAAUCCAAGUACCUCUAUAAAUUCGUCAUCCUGGGUUUCUAAUAGAUGCACUAUAGCUAAUGCAAAGGCAAAAACUUCUGGAAAUUCAAGGAAGCCUUCUGGUGGUUUCAAUUUCUUUGACAGGUUUAGGAAAACGAGUAGCAAAAAUUCUCAGGAUGCUGAUACUACUAUACAGAAGGAAGCACCGUUGGAGAGAGAUUUACGCCCUUUAUUGUUCAAAUUCAAUGAGGGCUUUACAAAUGCUAUUAAAAGGCCAGCUCGUAUGCGUGAAUUUUUUCAAUGAAAAAUUGCUGUAGCAGCCAAUUUCGGGGUUCCAUUUCUUGUGUAAUAAUUAGUACGUUAACAUUAAUUAAUCUCAUCUUUUAAUAUUUUAUGAAAUUGUGCAGUAUGUACAUAGCAUGCUUCUUUUUGCAAUUAUGCAUCAGCUGUCUAUUAUACGUUUUUGUUUGGUGGAAAAACAAAAAGGUAACCUUAGA